UCGGUCCGCAACGUUUAGUAGCCGUAGUCACGUGCCCCGUGUGUACCGCUGCCGUCUGCAGUUUGACUCGACGACGCCGAACGAUAUUAUUAUUUUUCUACGGCACUUGCAAGAGAGGUGUCUCGCGACUCGACCGCGCAGAUCUGUAACCGGCAAAACGGACUUUUGAAGUAAUUGGAAAAAAAAAAAUAAAAAAUAAUCAACCGUUACACUCUUCCCGGUCGUUUGUCGGUGGCGCGCGCGCGCGCGCUAUAAUCGCCCAUCAGCCCGUCGACGACUUUCGAGCCGGAUCUGCAGCUACCGCAAGUGUAAUCUACACGUCCGUCGAACGGAAGCGACGACACCGCCAGUUAUGGAGUCGCGUCUGCAGCGGUCGACGUCCCGGUGCGACCGCUAUUACCGUUGUCGUCGCGCCGCCGUCGACGCUUUCCCGAUGACGUCCACGCUCGUGGCCGUCUUCUUUUCUCUGGUCGUCUUGCAGAUCGUAUCCAACACGGACCAGGCGGCGUUGAAGAUGAACGUUGUCCGAGUGGUCAGGGUGGACGUGCCACCGGUGGUGCGGUCGUACGACGCCAAACCCGACCCGGCGACGGGCGGCGCUCCUCCGCCACUGCUGUUGGGCUGCGUUUACGCGUUGGAGGGCGGCGAGAACGACGACGAGAACGGUGACGUGAUAGCGGCCACGAGCCCGCCGCGGCCGGCCAACGGGACCGCAACCGCGGCCAACAGCGCCCGCGACCGGCGGUCGUCGUCACCGGCACCGGACCUGGCCAUGGACGCGGCCAUGGAGGAUUUGCAGCGGCAACGCGGCUUGGUGGUCAAGUGGUACUUCCGGCGCAACCCCAUACCGGCGGCGCCCAAUGACGCGAUGGCCAUCAUCAACGACAACGAACAGGUGUACCAGUGGAUAGCCGGCGGCGGGCCCGAGGCGGGCGGCGGGCUCGGUCCGCUCAGCGGUCGCACGGUCGACGUCACCGCGGAGACGCCGCGCACCGACCGGUCGUUCCUGCACCGGGUCAUCCUGGUCGAGCGGCCCACCGCCGAGCUCACCGGCGAGUACAGGUGUCAAGUGGAGGACUGGAACUCCGAGCGCCGAUCCGCCUGGCACCCCAUGGUCGUGUACACACCGGAACGAAUUUUUAAAAUAUCCGUCGACGAUAACGACGACGACGACGAGGAUGAUAUCGCGGAGGGUAGUGGUGGCGAUGUGAAUUUCACAACAUUGGCGCCGCCGACGAGUAGUAGCACCGCACCAACUAAUCCGAAAAAGUGGCCAACCGAAAUCAACAUCACGUGUUACGCCGCCGGCAUGCAUCCCGAGCCGUCCAUGAGCAUUUGGGUGAACGGAGUGUCGCUGGAUUCCGUCACGUCGGUGGUCACGGAAGACGACGGGGACGACGACGAGACCAACGACGGCGUCGCCUCGCAGACGAGCAACGCGACGAUGACGCCGUCGACUACGACGACGACGACGACGACCACGACCACGGCCAAGCCAAAGUCGGUGUACAGGAAUAACCGGUACAGGGGCAGGGCAGACGGGGAGUACAAAAAGUACGCGGUGCGCGCCACCAGCGUGGUGUCGCUCAAGGACGCCGAGGAGUACCGGAACGGCAAGCCGAAUCAGCACCACCGCCGGCGAAACACCGUGGACGUGGAGUGCCGGUUGCGCGUGCCCGGCGACGGUGCCGGCGACGGCCACUGGAAAGCCGACCGGCCGGCCGACCGCUACUACGCCGUCCGCAAAUCGGUGACCUACAAGUACCGCAACGACCUUCCGCCGCCCGGUGACGCGUUCGCCGCCGUGUCUUCCGCGUCGUCGGUGGCCGAAGAGGGCGACGAUGACGCCGACAACUACGGCGGCGGUGUCGACCGCGGCGCGGGCGGCGCCUCGAACGCCCAAGACGCCGGCGAAGACGCAGGAUCUGCAGGCACCAGACCCACCGCCGCCGCGUGCUUCUCCAUCGUUGUGGCCGCUGCCGCCGCAGUCGCCGCCGCCCGACGUUGAGAGACACGUGCGAAGUUUUCGCCCACUCGUCAGCCGCCGCCUCCGCCACCCCCCCGCCUCUGCCUCCAUCGCCCGUCCCCUCUCCCCAUCCACCCGCCAUCGUGUGCACUAUAUGGUGUAUUAGUGAAAGUAUAUAUAUAUAUAUAUAUACGCAUAUAUUAUGAUAUUAUUUAUGACGAACGACACGAUGACAUUGCAAUAAUGUUAUGAGUCGCGUGUUUUUGCGGAGCUAACGAGAGCAAAACGGUUUGCCGACCGUUUUUACUGAUACGACGUAAUAAUGUUGUCGUGCGUUUUGUUUCAGAGACAAUCCAAAAAGAGAUAUUGUUAUGACGUGUAUUAACAGAGGUGUCAGAAACGCUGUAAACCGUUCAAAAAUACGGUCGGUGACGGGAGCAAAUAACGUUUUAGUAAAAAGUUUAGCGACAUAAAAUCAUCGCCAAAACUAUUAUUUUUUUUUUGCAUUUUGCAACCCGUUUGCUCUCAGUACCUCCGCGAAAAUGCGAUUAUUAUACGACGUAGUGAUGCGCACAGUGUUUUACAUUUUUGUUUACUCGACACCGAUUAACCGCCUAAUCCCACCCCCCCUAAACAUUUUGAACCGAUGACACGAUUAAUGUCAAGUUCUGUUUAACCGUAUUUUUACUUGACCUAUCAAAAUAUAUUAUCGCCAUAUCGUUAACUGUUAAAACAUAAUAAUAUCUACGACUUGUGUUGUCCUCCUGACCUGGGACGCUCGAAAUUGUUUUUUGCGAUUGCGUGAGUGCUUCAGAUCACAUCCAUUCCGACUGUGAGUAUAAUAGAGAUCCUUUGCCAAGGAUUCCUCUGCGGUCCGGUUAGUCGUUUCGUGUUUGAGAGCAGAGAGUGUGCCCGGGAAAACUGCCCCCCUUUCUACAGCUUCGCUGAUACUUUUGUCAUGUUCUGUAUUGUGCCUCCUUUUCCCUCCUACUAUGACUCCUAUAAUGAUCGAUCGUCUACAUAAACGUAAUUAUAAAUUACAACAACAUCAAAUCGUUGAUUUUAGAUAGUUCCAUAGAAAUAUUGUAUUCAUUUCGCUUUUUUCGCGUCUGCUUUAAAAAAUCUAACGGUUAAUCAAACCGAUUAUUGUGUGGAAAAAAAUCGAAAAAAAUUUCUCUUUAACUAAAAUUUUAUUUUAAUCUUUUAAAUAACACGAAUACAUUAUAUAAUAAUAUAGUAUGGUGGAUAACAUAUAGACGGUAAUUUUAAAAUGAGCUAAAACUAAAGACAUUUAAAAAAAGAUUUGUAUGAAAAACCGCGAUAUUGUAAUUUUGUGUUAUUUAAUAUCAAAACCCGCUGUAUAAUGGGUUCAGGCACAGCUUUGGCGGAUGACAUCCAAAACGAUUUUUAUUAACUACAAAAAUAUUACCUCGUUGAAGGAAUUUUAAAUAUAUUAUUUGAAAAAAAAAAACGAUCACACACAAUCUAAAAGCUUAUUUAAAAUAAAAACGUGUCUUAUUGAAAUAUUGGGAAACGCAACUAUACAGUUAAAAACGAGUAAAUCGAAUUCCGCCGUGUAGAUGGUUUUGAUGUGAUUUUGUUUCGAUACUUUUUAAAAGCAAUUUAUUUACAAGUAGUCCCAAUGUCAGGAUCAAUUUAACCAUAGUUACAAUACUUGUUUAGAAAACCUGAUUUAAUUGCACUUGUUGUAGGUUGAGACUUGUAAAAUAGAAUCGCAGUUCAUCGGAAACACGGGUUUACAUGCACGUAGGGCAUUCAUCUUUCUAAUGAGACACUGAGACCUCAUCAAAAUCAAUCUGAUUGUCCGAUGAAAAAAUACAAUAAAAACGAAAACGAUCGUCGAAAAUCGCCUAUUGACAAGUACAUGUUUAGUUAAAUCGUCGAGAUAUUUAACGUUUCACGUUUCCGUUUUUGUCUAAAUUAGUUUUUUCAUUUCACUUUCUGUAUCCAAUAUAUUUAAAAAAUGUAAUAAUAUUUUUUACACGUAAUUUAUACCAUGAAAUUAAAACCACCGAAUUCAUACAUAAUAUUAAAAUUGUAUUGGGGUAAAUCAUUUGGCAGUCGGCAAAUAUCUAUUUCAAAGUAAACUUUUUUGAUGAUGUUCUUUAAUUCUCGAAAAACGUACAAAUUACUCAUAUUUCUAUAUUUUUACUGUUGAUUGGAAACUAUAGACACUUUGCAUCUGCACCAUUUGACUUAAAAGCGUUUAUUCGACACGUUUAUUCACAGAUAAUUUAUUUGUAUUUGUGGUUUUUUAACAAAAUUCUAAACGCACAGCAAACCGAUUUACUGACGUCCGUGCGCUUAAUUUUAUUGCCGCCACAGUUUGCAUAAUGUUAUCAUAAAUUUAUAAUCGUUUAAGUUAUAAUACAACUAUUGUACGUGUGUGUACAAAAUAUCGAGACACGAUCAAAACUGUCAACUGCAGAUGUAGUUGUAAAAUGGUUAUGGCAUUUGUAUUCCCCUCCACAGGGAGAAUUCAAAUAGUUUUUGUAUCAUAAAUAUAAAAUUUUGUAUAUUUAAUAUAAUAUAACUUUGUCUUGUUUGCACAUACGCCAUUCUUAAAGGGCGUACCCAAAUACACUAUAUUUCACUAACCGGAUGUUCUUACAUUGUGUUUAAAUGAAUAGUGAUACACAUUAUUUUUUUUAUUAAAUCGCGUUUUACGGGUAUGAUAAAAAAUUGUAGUCACCACAGUUUUAGUUAAACCAAAUAUACCAUAAACCAUAUUAUUAUCUACCCAUACACAGUCUGUACCAAUAUAUAAUAAAAAAACUCUUAUUAUUAAUUUGUGUGAGUACCUCCUAUGAAAUUCUGCAGAUGUAUUAAUGUCUUACGGUUGUUUAUGUCUUUUUUCCCCACAACUUUAUGUUAUUGUAAUUAUUUUUAUUAUUAUUAUUAUUAUUUAUUGUAAAUAUGUAAUUUUUAACACUACCAUCACUAUUAUACACGUUUCUAGUCUAAAAUAAUGUAGCGAAAAAUAAAAAUAAAUGUUUAAAAAUAGUUUAGUUGACAUUAAGCCUUAAGUUCAUGUUGUGUUAAUAUUAAAAUAAUAUUACUAUUACUACUGCUAUAAUAUUAUAUUACUGUACGCAGUGUUUGUUUGUUGAAUUAAAUUGAUUAUUGAUUUUUGAUUUAUCUAGAUCAUUGGCUUAAAAACCAACGAGAUAUUAUACAUGUCUAUGAUUAAUUUGUUUAUUGUUAUUACUUACUUAUUACGUACAUCCUAUAAAAUAUUUAUUAUACUAAUACCUAUGUUACACGCAUUUCUAAUUAUAUAGAAACUACUAGGCUAGACACACCAAAGAAUAAAUAUACAUUUUUAUUGUACUGUACAAUGUUGUACCGCGCUCUAUUGUAGAAUAUUAUUUAUGUAUACUAGUAUAAUAUAAUAUCUGGCAUAAAAGCUUAUUAUAUAAUACAAACCGAUUUCGUUGUAUAAACAUACCUAAUUUAGGUUAGUAGCAUUAAGUUUCAAAGUACCUAUAUUAUUAUACAUUUAUAAAUACAUUAUACACUUAAAUAAUAUAGUUUUACUAGUGACGCGAAAACACAAUAAUAUAGUUUUA